AAAGGUCACAUCAAGAUGGCGCCGUCCGGGAGGAAACAUGCGAAAAGCCAGCCUCGUAUCAUUCCUGGAGGAUUUUCUGGUAUCAUAAACAAAUUAAGAAAUCUUUGUACAUUUUUCUCUUCGCUCACUUAUUCUGAAAUCCACGGAAAUCUGUUGUACUUCAUCUUUUAACAUAUCUGAGUGGAUAUUUUGAGUUAAUGUAAUCUUGAGCGUGGUACAGAUACUGAUCGAGUGUCGUGUGAUCGUUUCUCUUGUUUGUUUGUGUGUUUUGUUGCAGUUCUGCCCAUACAGUUUGAUUCCGACAGCGCAACACAGCACACGCUUUACAUUAAAGAGCAUAAAGUCCGAGCAGAGAAGACCUCUCGAAGACCUCUGGACCGGACUUUGUUCGUGCUCAACAUCCCUCCAUACUGCUCAGAGGUUCACUUUUCAACGCUGUUAUUUCACAAACACAACACUUUCUGCUCUACGUGACUUCAAAACUAUGAUUUACCUUUACUGACUGUUCAAAUACAGCCUGUAAAUGUUAAUUUCUGCCCUGGUCUGUGUGUGUCUUGUGUGUGUUUCAGGCUGUUAUCAGAGACUUGUUCUCUCAGUUUGGCAGUGUUCAGUCUGUGGAGCUCAGGGAUCAUCCAGGCUCCUCUCAUGAAUCCGAACUGAAGCUUUCAAAGUUGUUCACACCAGCUUCUAAACAGGUUGGUCUGCUUUGAUUUUACAGUAUUUCUGUUCUGAGUAAACAGAGUAAAACACUCCAUCCCUGUCUCUCUCACUGCUCACCUGGUAUUUGAGUGAAAAUUGAGGACCUGUUUUUAACCAAGAUUAUUUCCUAACGAGACUGGCCCCUUGACACUUGAAUGUGACUGAACUGUAAUUGCAGAAAUACAAUGUCAUUAAAAUGUAUGGCUGCUUGUCUGUUCAAGGUUUCCAUAAUUGUCCUGUAUUUGUUUUGUAUAUCAUUACAAAGGUUAUGUCUCUCUGUUUCAGGGUUUCAAAGUGGGUUACAUCGUGUUUCAGAAUUCCUCUGGUAUAGCGGCAGCUAAAAAACACGACUAUGACGUCCCUUUGGUAGUUUCAACAGAACAGCAUCCAGUGAAGACAGGAGUACAGAGUGAGUGAGGCUACAUAAGACGAAUUGAUUUCUUUUUUUUCCCAUCUUAUUAAACCUUCAUUGUAUUAGAAUUAUUCUCAUGGGAGCACAAAAUUUAGACUUUUACUCCUUUUUUAACAUUUUACGUCAAACGAUCCAGCUGAUUCUCAUGUCCCCAGGAACUCAUAAUUUUGCCCAGUUAGCUCUGAGUAGAGGCCUCAAUUUACAAGGAUUUCUUAAGUUAGAUUUAUAUUUCAGUAUCUUUGCUGAUUUGAUUUAGGGGGCCAAAAGUCUCUCUUUAAAUCUUAAGAUUUUAGUUUUAUUAAUCAGAGUGAGACAGGUGUCUUUUGUCAAAUGUUGUAAUCCAUUUUUGUCUUUUGUUUUGUUUUAUUCACCAGAAUGGAUUCAGGAGUACAAAGAGUCUUUUAUUCAGCCAGACAACCUGCAAGAAAUUGUCGACUCUUUUAUGCAAGACUACGACAAGCGGAAAGAGGAGGUGAGAACUUUGCAAGUUUUCCUCCUAAAUCAUCGACUGAAAAAUAAGUGUCCAUGAGGAUUUAAUUUCGGUGUAUUUUCUUCCUCACAGGAGGCAGAGAGGCAGAAGAAAGAGGCUGAGCAGCAAGAGGAGGAUGAAGAGGGCUGGGUAAAGGUCACAAGAGGACAGAAGGGCACCAAGGCCCGCCCUCACAGCGAGGCAGCCAAUAAGAGGACUCUACAGAAAGAGAUGAGGAAAAAGAAGAGGAAGGAGCUCAUGAACUUUUACACCUGGCAGCACAGAAACACACAGAAAGAACGUAAGUGUUUAAAUUUUUUUUUUCUUGAGCCGGUAUUUUAAUGUUUGGCAGAGUUUAAAAAACAUUUGACGUCUGGUUUCAGAUAUCGCUGAACUGAGAAAGAAGUUUGAGGAGGAUAAACAGAAGAUAGCUCUGCUGAGAGCGCAGAGGAAGUUCAGACCAUACUAAAUCAUCUACUUUGAUUUUUCUGUAAACAUUUUGCAGCUAUUGUAUGUUGAAGUUUUAAUAAAAAAUGUUCAUAUAUAAAUCAAACU